AUGGACACCACGGCGACUGGCACGACCAGCAUAACCAACAACACCACCAGCACGACCGCCUCCAACAACAAGAACAAGAACAACAAGAAGAACAUUGGUCGCCUCCAAACACACACCAAGCGUCACAACACAAGCAACGCCGCCGGCGCCAUCGCAGACCCGAAGAGCAAGCAAGGUCAACCCCGACGAGGUCGUGGUCACAGCCCUGGUCGUGGUCGUGGGCGUGGUGCUGCUUCACUUGAUCAGCCCGCUGCCACCAGCUCCCAGCAAGCGCAACCGUCCACACGGAAUCGAGGUGGCGGUCGCCAUCGUCGUCGCCGCCCUCGCAAGGAUCGCCUUCGUGCCCACGCACUUCCCUCCCACUCGCCCACUGCCCCUGGUCACUUGAGCUUGCCGCUGCCAUUUGUCCCCUCGGCCAUUGAGCUCCCUGCACCCCUCCCUGCCAUCAACACAAGCAAACACAGCAUCAUCUCCGCGCCAGACUCGGCGAGUGAGCCGGCUGCCAUUUCACCCAACCCGACAUCGUCGCCAUCGUCGCUGCCUUCGGCCGCUGCCGUUGAUCCCCUCAAUCAUCUGACCGAUCUUGCGACCGCCGUCGCCGACAUUGACACCGACAGUGACCCGACCGCCAACAUGUCCUCGGAGGCGACCACUCAGCAGCGACAAAUCGACAAUGCCUGCGUCAUCGUGCCCGACCGCCUCUACUUUGCCACCGUUCGCCAAUUGCCCCCGUCCACACCAGAGGCCUUCUUCUUCACCGUCGAUUCUGAAUUUAAAUACGAAGCGUUCGUGUCCCGUCCUGCUACACACGCGCCCCGCAACUCGGCUCCAUCUCCCCAGCCUUUUGGCCUCACCAUGUGCGGGUUUUGUGCCGAUUUUGGCCCCUUCAACCUGAGCACGAGUGUGCGCUUCUGCCGCAAACUCUGGCAAUUCCUCGAGCAACCGCAACACAAAGAUCAGCGCAUCUACUUUUGCACCGGCACGGACAUGCAGGUUCGCAGCAACGCUGCUGCCCUCAUUGGCCUCUUCGCCGUCUGGUGUCUGAACAUGACAGAUGAGCAGGCCAUUGCUUGCCUCGACACGGCCAAACCGCCCUUUGCACCCUUUCGCGACGCCUCGUAUGCCCCAGUACUCUACAAGCUCCACGUGCGAUACGUCAUCUCAGGCGCCUACCAAGCCCUGCUCAACGGGUUUAUCGACGUCCAUACUUUUGAUCUUGACACGUACGACCAUUUCGAACGAGUGGAAAACGGUGACUUUACCACCAUCAUCCCCAACAAAUUUAUCGCCCUGGCUGGUCCCCACAAUACCCGCCACGUCGAUGACGGCUACACCCACCUCGCCCCCGAAAACCUCUUCGAACCCUUCCGCCGCCUGGGUGUCACGGACAUUGUCCGCCUCAACAAGAAAAUGUAUGACCGUACCAAGUUUACCCAGGCUGGCUUUGCCCACCACGAUCUCUUCUUCAUUGACGGCACCUGCCCCCCGCCCGCCAUUCUGGAGAGCUUUCUCGAAAUCACCGAAAAGUGCACCGGCACGGCCGUGGUCCACUGCAAGGCCGGCCUCGGCCGCACCGGCUCCCUCAUCGGCUGCUACAUGAUGAAGCACUAUCGUUUCAACGCCCCCGAAACCAUCGCCUGGCUCCGCAUUGCCCGCCCCGGCUCCGUCAUCGGCCCCCAGCAAACCUACCUGGUCAACCACCAAGCUGACAUGUGGCUCGCCUCCCCACCCACCGCGAAGCGCAAAGGCGAGGCAGAUCGCCCUCUCGCAGCCAUCACCGACCUUGCCGCCUUCCACAUUGUCACCUCCGCGUCCAAAGAUGAAAAUGCUACCGCACCGACCACCCCAACCAAAGAUGCCGGCCACACCAGCCUCUCGGCCGUCGCUCGCGCCCUUAGCGACAUUAUCCCCUCCAUCUUCCCCGAUGACUCAGCCUCGGCCCUUGAAUCGGCACACACUGGUGCUGCCAACUACAUUCCCGAAAGUGAACGCGGCUCGUCCUCCCAUGAUCACCUUUCACAAGGUGACAUCUUGACGCGCCGCAAAGCGCAGGCUCAACACAAGAAUCAACCGCUGCCCCCAUCACGGACGUGCCGCCCCACCACCUAUGAACCCAGUUCCUUUGAGACCUUUUGA